CCGCGACGAGCGACACAGAUUUGCUGAGCGGUUUUAAUCCAGCGGUCAUAAAGCAUUCAGCUCGCCUUUAUUUAUUCAGUUUUUAGUUUUGUUUUGUUUUUUAAAGAUCCCUAGGUCACCUGUAGAGUUUGUCCUGUUCGUGAAAUGGGUGGUAAGAAAGAGGAGCAGGAUUCUUCCGAGUACGGGGAGCCAGCAGCGUAUGACCCAACGUUUAAUGGGCCCAUCCAUAACAGGAGCUGCACUGACAUCAUUUGCUGUGUGCUCUUCAUGCUGGUCGUCACAGGAUACUUGGUGGUAGGAAUUCUGGCCUGGCUGUAUGGAGACCCCCGCCAUGUUCUGUACCCCCGCAACUCCACUGGAAUGUUCUGUGGUGUUUCACCAAACCAGGAUAAGCCGAAUGUGUUUUAUUUUAAUAUUCUAAAUUGUGCCACGGCCACAAAUAUCAUGGCUGCAGCGUUAAACGGCCUUCAGUGUCCCACCACUCAGAUCUGUGUGUCCUCGUGCCCCUCUAAUUUCUGGGCUCUGAAUCCGCUGGCCUACCUGCCCAAUGCAGACCUGACCAAGUUCUUCCAGCAGGACCUGUGUGUGCCCUCCUUCAACCUCAGCACCACCAGCCUGACAGCGACACAGAUCAUCAAUAAGGAGCUAUGUCCAUCCUUUUACACACCUACCACCGCAGUCCUGGGCAGGUGUUUGCCGAGUUUAGGCCCUGAAUAUAAUAACGUUCCCAGUAACUUCAGUCUUCCCGGCAUGUCAAACAACGCCACCGUGAACGUGAUCAAGAACGCCACAAGUGACCUGGUGUCCAGCUUCAAUGCGAGAGAUGUGGGCGUGCGCAUCUUCGCAGACUUUGCAUCAACGUGGCAGUGGAUCGUCCUUGGGUUGGUGAUUGCCAUGGUGGUCAGUCUGCUAUUCCUCCUGCUGUUGCGUUUCCUGGCAGCCAUCUUGAUCUGGAUCCUCAUAUUGGGAGUGCUGGCAGUAGGAGCUUUUGGUAUCUGGUACUGCUACAGGGAGUAUGCAAUGCUGGCCAACUCCACUGUGACCUACAACAAUGUGGGUUUCUCCACCAACGUCGACGUCUACUUGCAGAUCCGUGACACUUGGCUGGCCUUCUUGAUCCUCCUCAGUGUGGCUGAGGCGGUUCUACUGUUGACCCUGAUCUUCCUCAGGACCCGUAUUCUCAUAGCCAUCGCACUCAUUCGGGAGUCCAGCAAAGCAGUGAGUUACAUGAUGACGACGCUGAUCUAUCCACUCGUCAGCUUUGUUUUCCUCGUUGUGUGUGUUUCCUACUGGGGAAUAACAGCACUAUAUCUGGCCACAUCUGGCGCUCCUGUCUACAACGUGGUGGCUCUCAAUAUGUCUCAGAGUGACUGUAGUACUGUCAUCACUGGCAACCAGACCUGCGACCCGCUGGCGUUUAACAGUUCUAUGUAUCCGUCAUGCCCCUCGGCCCGCUGCGUGUUCAUCAAGUAUAACAAGGAUGGCCUGUUCCAGAGGAACCUCUUUAACCUGCAGAUCUACAACGUCUUCGCCUUCCUGUGGUGUGUGAACUUCGUCAUCGCGCUGGGCCAGUGCACACUGGCCGGGGCCUUCGCCUCGUACUACUGGGCCUUCCACAAGCCCUCCGAUAUCCCAACAUGCCCUCUGGCCUCCUCCUUCAUGAGAGCCCUACGGUAUCACGUGGGCUCUCUGGCGUUUGGCGCUCUGAUUCUCACUAUUGUGCAGAUCAUCCGCAUCAUUCUAGAGUACAUCGACCACAAAUGCAGGGCUGCCCAGAACUGCUGUGUCCGAUUUAUCCUGUGCUGUCUAAAGUGCUGUUUCUGGUGUUUGGAGAAAUUCAUCAAGUUCCUCAACCGAAAUGCUUACAUCAUGAUUGCCAUAUAUGGGAAAAACUUCUGUGUCUCAGCCAAGAACGCUUUCCUCCUUCUCAUGAGGAACAUUAUACGGGUGGUGGUGCUGGAUAAGGUGACGGACCUGCUGCUGUUCUUUGGAAGACUGCUGGUGGUUGGUGGAGUAGGUGUGCUGGCGUUCUAUUUUUUCUCCGGCAGGUUGGUCAUUCCUGGCGUGUCUUUCACAGCGUCGGCACUGAACUACUAUUGGAUGCCCAUCAUAGCAGUGGUGUUUGGGGCCUACCUAAUCGCUCACGGAUUCUUCAGUGUCUACAACAUGUGUGUGGACACACUCUUCCUCUGCUUCUUGGAGGAUCUGGAGAGGAACGACGGCAGUGCAGAGAAGCCCUACUACAUGUCCAAAAGCUUGAUGAAGAUCCUGAACAAGAAGAACAAGCAGCCAAAUAAACAAUGAACACUCCUGCACCCUGUCCUCCUCCAGAACACAGUCACUUUCUUCUCCACUCCUUUCCAAAAUUGCAAUGUCUCCAAAUCAGUUUCCCAUGAAGGUCUUGGAUCACCUCCAGAGGGUCCAGACACUCUGGACUCAUUUUAAGCUUGUUUAGCAUUUCUAAUUUUAGUCUGUGUUUAGCAGGGUUGAAGGGUCACUCUGAGUCCAGCUGGUAAUUUUGUUCAUUAAUUCAGUUGUACUGUUGUUGUUGUUGUUGUUGUUUGUUUUUUUUUUGUACCCAGAUGUACAGCAGAAUAGUAUGUCAGUAUGUGACCCAUACUGACAUAUUUACAUUUGCAUGUUGGUUACAGAAUGUAAUUUUGUGCUUCCACCAUUGUACAUUGACUUCCAAUGCUUGCUUUUUUUUUUUUUUUUUUUAAAGAUUCCCUAAAACAGUUUCCAUGUUAUCAUAUUUACCAUGUGAAUGUGCUGCUUUUUAAUGCAAGUCUUAAGUUUUAUUUUUGAAAUAAGAGCAUGCAGUUUUCUGAAAUGUCACAGAGGGGAAUUUGUGUUGAUUCUGUUGGAGUAGACUUAUUCAGCCAAAGUGUCUUUAACCAAUACUUGACUGCUGUUAAUGCCUUUACAGUUGAUCUCAGUGGAGCUAUUUAUUAAACU